ACCCCGAGCAGCAUCCGGAAGUGAUGUACCGCUAGAGAAGGAAAGAUGGCGGAGUAUCAACAGCUGCACGACCGCUACAUAUUCUUAAACAUGACAUUGCUAUGAGUUUGGCUAUAAAGGCAGCAGUACAGUGUAAUGGACAAGGAUAGAUUCGCUUCAGCACCCAGCUCCUGGCUGGAGAUGAAUAACUUCAUUGGUGACCUUAUGGCCUUUAGUGCAUCUGGCUCUGGUCAGCUACUGAAAUGCACGAACAAUCAAUCUCUCCGCACUGCCUGGGAAAGCGUGGCGCCCGAGACACCAGCAGCCAAAUCAUGUUUUCCUGCUCAGAUUGACCCACACAGCCAGAUCCAGAGGAAAAACAUGGCAGGAAUCUGUUCGAACUCUGGACAGAGGAUUGAGGAGCCUGCAAAUUGUGAUGAGCAACAGUUACGCUCGUAUGCCUGCAGAUGUCCAGGCUGUCCUCUGUCUUCAGCGUCCAACCCUGCAUCCACUAUGCACCCCCUCUGCCUGAAAGCCAGAGACAAUUCGUCCUCUCAGGCGGGAACCUCAAAAGCGUCUGCCUCACAAUCCAAGGAGCUAAACACAGUCACGUUUGGCCUGGGCUCCUGCCUCAGCCUGGCUCUUUCUCUGGAAGAGCGAAACAGCGAAUCGAGCAGCUUGUCCAACCCGGAAAGCCAGGACAAAGGCACAAACACGCACAGUUCGAACACUGCUUCAACCUCCAACUCCCAGAUCUGCCCAACGCCUCUCCAGGCCUUCCCCUGCUUCUGCUGCCACCCGUGUCCUCAUCUCCUGCAUCCCCAGCAGUCAUCUGAUGGCCAUUUCGCCCACACUCACUCUCACCACCACUAUCACCACCACCAUCACCACUGCCCGCUCACUGCCUGCCUGUUGUGCCAGCGCUCCUUCAACUGUUCACAGCAGGACGGUCAAGGCCAGCGCCAGCACCCGUGCAUGCACUGCUCGGCACUGUUCAUGCGGCCCUCACAGCUGCUUCAGCACCAGCGCACUCAGCACUCGUCCAAAACCGGUGGCUUCCUCUGCCCAGAGUGCGGUCGCGUCUUUAACUCGCACAGUAACCUUCGUGUACACCUUAACGUGCACACAGGGGCGCGUCCCUACACGUGCGCCGAAUGUGGCAAGAGUUUCAGCCAGUCGGGUGCGCUCAAAAUCCAUCGGCGCGUUCACACAGGCGAGCGGCCGUACACAUGCACCUACUGUGGACGGGGCUUCCCUCAUCUGGCCGGUGUCCGGGCACAUCAGCGCAUUCACACCGGUGAGAAGCCAUACCAGUGCACACAGUGUGGCAAAGGCUUCACGCAGUCUGGCGCCCUCAAGGUUCACAUGCGCGUCCAUACAGGCGAGAGGCCCUUUAUUUGUAGCCUGUGCGGCAAGGGCUUCUCGAACCGUUCCGGGGUCCGCUUUCAUCAACGUACCGCACACGGCAUUAUCACCGAGCCCAAUUCUGUUGGACGGCCAAGCCUGGCCGGAGGGAACUCAGAAGUCCAGCAGAAGCAGGCUGAUCAGACAGGAUCCUCUGAGCCCAUGGAGCAAACUCCUCUCCCGAGCAGAAAAAACUCGGAGAGAGAGGAAGUUGGAAGAUCCCUACCUUACGGCUGCGAGGAUUGUGGUAUGCGCUUUCAGGAUGCUCUCUCCAGAAACAGGCAUCAGGCAUUAGAGCAUUACUCCACGGAGGAGGAAGAUCAGACUGAGACACAAAGAAACACACAAGGGGAACAUGAAGCGAAAAAGACAUUGGUCUAGUAAUACUCGAAUACCCCAUUGUAAAACACGUUGAAAAAACAGACGAGUGUGUAGGUCAGUUAUACCACACUAGGUCAGUGCUAAAACCUUUUUGACCCAGACCAUAAAAAAAUGGUUCUCUAUGUGGCCUUAAAUUAAUGAAAUUGGUUUUAAGCACUUUUAACUAAAAAUUUAUGACAAAUAUUGUACUAAAAACGAGUUACGUGUGUUGAUUUUGAGGACUUCAGAAUGUUCUCCCAUGUGUGUCCAUGUUUCCAUUGCUUUAACUGUCUUUAUCAGUGUUCAUAGGUCAUGUGCAAAAAACAGCUUUAUUUGCCAUUAUUAGUUUAAUUAUUAACAUUUUAGAUGUUUCAUUUUCUUAAUACACACACACACACCUCUGUGUCUCUAGCUCUCUCUCUUUUGUUCUCCAUCUUGUCUCUCACACUUUUAUCCCAUCUGCUGCUCACUGAAACAGAAAAUACUUCUUACAUUACCACUUCCCCUAGUACUUCUCUCCAUUCACAAACAGGUGCUUGGCCACACCCCCACUUCCAUAAUUAUUAUAAUAAUUAUUAUUUUUUUUAUUUUUAUAGUGGGUCUCAGUUCAGGGUGGCAGGAAUAGUGCUACUAUGCUGGUAUUGUAAAAGGGAUGUAAUACAUUUAGGUGGAAAGAGUCCACCUAAUGAUGGAAUAAAUGUCCAUUAAAAAAAGACUGACAGGUGGAAAAACAGUCCCCAAGCAUGCUAGCAUGGACCAGAAGGUCAACAACGAAACGCAGGUGGGCCAUUCGGAAUAAGAAGGAGAAAUCAAAUCUUUAGUGAGCCGUGAUUGGGACAGUGCGAGAAGGAACUGAAACCGAGGCAGGAGAUGGAACAAAUGAAUAAUGGAGGUGUCCAUCUGAAUGGAUUCAGGACUCACUGAUGUGUGAAACAUUGAUGGCCCACUACUGGAGGAGGUUCAACGAGUACAGCAGGGUUGCUUAGAGGAUGUUGCUGGGUUUGGCGAUGAAUACAAACAGUAUUUAAAAACUAUGCGUGUGACUUGGGAGCAAACCUAAUGAAGAGCAAAGAGGCUGGGACAGGAGGCCACAGUGAGCAAAGGAAUACAAUCAGGAACACAUCUUGAAACAACAGGUUUUAAUGAUGAUGUAUGAAACUGUACAUUUUUAGUCAAUUUUUUAAACUAUUAACUAUUUUAUAUAGUUUAUUGCUUUAACAUGGAGCACUUACGAUAUUACAAAUUUACAUGUGACUGCAUGUAUGUACCUUUUGUACUUUAAAAAAGACAUCCACUUUCCUACUAUCGUGGGUAUGGGUCAGGAACGGACCCCUUGGACAAACUGACUGUCAUGAGCUGUGUCUCAAUCUGAAAACCAUUACCACGUGUUUAAACGUUUUUACUAGAUUUUAAAUACCCUGUAAAUUGGUAUGCAGAGGCUUUUGAGUAGGUUUGUAGGCUACACAAGAGUAUUUUCUUAUUCAAACCCCAAUGUUAACAGUGAAAUACAUACUGCAUACUGUAUAGUUCGUAAUUAUGUGCAUUUAAGACACUAUAGUCUUUGAAGUGCAUUGUGAUUAUAACGUAACAUCACUGGUAUGUGUGUUGUAUAUUAGUGUGUUUAUUUUGGGGGAUUUGUACAAUUAAAGCACCAAAUGAGCUCAG